CACUUUAAUGGUUCGGCGUCGCCGCGGAUGCCGCUGUCGCUGCCGCUCCUGAGCGACUCCCCCCGGCUGCUCUGCACAGCCGGAGUCGGACCGAGCAGCAGCAGCGAGCCCGGCUCGGCUCUCUGCCCCGGCAGCUGUGUGUCAACAGAUCAGCCGACGCCGACAGACCCCGCCGCUGCAGGAGGUGACAGAUCCCGAUCGAGCCUCCGCAACCACCGCGCAGACAUCGGCCAUGCCGGAUCGGCGCGGAGGGCGCAAUCUUGAUAAGCAUGGUGCCCACGCCCCAGGUGUGCGUAUCAACCCUGGUCACAGUGAGCACGAUGGCAGUGGUGGACCUCUACCUGCUGGAGCAGAGCAUGCUGGGGGCUGGCAGCCCUCCAGGACCUAGUGCAUGGCAGUGUGCGACAGUGUUGCUAGGCGAUGCGGGCUUCCUGCUCGCCCUGCGCUUCGUGUCGGCCGGCGUGAUGUCGGAGGCGCGUUCGCCGCGUCGUGGUUUUGCCAACGCCCUCUGGUUCCUGUUCCUGUCCCUGCUCCAGCUCAAGCUCUUCUUUGUCUGCCAUAACUACAGACAGGAGCGCCGGACGCCCGACCCGCUGGCCAGGAAGACCCUGACGCUGCUGCUGUCCAUCUGCCUGCCUUCCCUGUUUCUUAUCCUGACGGGGGCUGACCACAUGACCCCACAGAGCAGGAAGCACGAGGUGCAGGGCCGCCUCCUGUGGGUGGUGGUGGACCUGCUGGAUGUGCUGGACCUGCAAGCGGGACUGUGGGAAGCCCAAGGCGGGGCAGCAGCGGGGGGUGGAGGGGUCGCUGAGCAGAGGCUGCCCAUCUGGGCCGAGAGCCUGGUCUUCUUUUACUGCUACGCCCUCCUGCUGCUGCUGCCCUGUGUGGCGCUCACAGAGCUGGGGUCCACCGGCCUGCCAGGACAGAGGGGGCCCCGUAAGGAGGCGCUGUACCCUUGGCUCAGCUUGGUCACGAUCAACAUCCUCACCCUGGCCCUGAGGGGCACAGGCAUGCUGUGGUACAGGGACCCCCGUGUGUCCACUGUGUUCCUGGGGAAGAACCUGCUGGCUCUGGCUGUGAAGCUGAGCUCGGCUUGGGAAAGACACAAGCAGGAGCGCGGCACUGCAAGAGCUGGGACUGUGGCUGGAGCAGAACCAGGAGACUCGACCCUGCCAAGCCAGAGCUCAGAGCAGGGAGAGGCCCAGGGGAAAGCUCCUCCCCCUCAUUAUCACACACUGUCUCGCUCCCAAAGCCACACUCUCUCCCAUGUCAGCCUGGAGCCCACGGAGACGCCGUUAGGACCCUCUUUCAUCUCCCAUGAACUCUAGAGAGUCCAAACACACAAAAGCAUGUGAUCACACCCACACCUAAACCUCAGACCAGCAGAGCCAGUAUCACAUCCAAACAGAUAACUUGUAUUGCAUUUCAGCACAACAGUGAUGGAUUUAAUGCCGAGCUGUGGAAAAGCAUUUGGCAAGCUUGACUUUCAUCACAUUUUGUUGUGCUGAGAAUAACUUAAAACAUAUUGAUGGGAUUUGUGGGUGUUUUUUUUUUUUUUUUUACAUUUACCACUGAACACAUCCAUCAGCCUGUAUAUAAUAUUCCAGAAAUGUAUAUUGACAUCUAGUAGAGUUUCCUUCCCUUCUCUGAUCUUGGCACCGCUUCCCAAACGGCCACAGAUUUGUUGCAUUCAGAUUUGUUGCUACUCAAUAUACAAAAUCUCAUCAGUGAGUUCAGGUCAUGUGCUCGUCAGUAAGAUUAGGCCAAUACUCUUCUGCCAUUAGAAGGACUGUGACCUUUCAUGUAGUUUUUGUCUCUGUCACUAUACAAGGACCCUUCACAGAGAAAGGUUUAAUACAAAGGAGGGAUGAUUAAUUUUUCCCUAAAGCUCUAGGAUUCAAAAGCCGUCUGCCUGUAAAACUCUUCAGGGUGCUCCAGUAUUUCAAUUUAGAGUCAAACCUAGUGGAUCCAAACCUUUUAGAGGCCUGAAGGAGUACAUUUCCAAAAGCAAAUGUAAUAAAAAAUAAAAAAUAUUUGUAGCAGAUGUUUUCUUUAUCGCUCUCAUGACCGCCCAGAUUUAUCUUACAAGCCCUUGGUGGGUUCCUACAACGACAGUGGGCACACAAUUCAAUCUAAAAAGCAACAACGGCUGAUAUCACUCAGCUGUCUGGAGGGGAAAGUGAAUCAGUGAAAUCACUCACUGUGGUGUUUGGAGUGAGUUUAUCUUUGGUAUGAUGACACAUUUUAUUUGAUUUAAAUGCAGAAUCUAAACAUCAGCUCGAGAAGAUUUCAGAGAUGCAUAACCUACAGUCACUUUUAUUUUAGGACCACUUUAACUAUUAAAACCCUCCUGCAGCGAUUUGAACACAACUAUUUAUGAAAGACGGCAUUUCCAUAAAUAAAAUGCUUCAAUGGUAGAGCUUAAAGAUGAGCAUUUUGCAUCAUCUUAGUCCUACUGCAACACAAACUACAGUACAGGUCUAUUUUACUCCAUUGUUUACAAAGCCAGAACACCGAUGUAAGUAAUCCCUUUACUGUUCCAGAACACAUUUAAAAUUCAUGUUUUGAAACUUU